AAUUAAAAAGGCCCAAGCCAUGGCGCGACGGCCCACUAUAUUCCUCCAAAUCCGCUCUCGCAGUUUGCAGGCACCCAAGAAAUCAACAAAGCUUGUCAAACUCUGAUCAACUAAACCUUUGUCGGUGAAUUGGUAUUGGUUUCGGAAAUUGCAGGUAAUGGCGGCUAUAACCAGCGCAGUGAUAGCAAUAGCAGCGGUGGUACUUGGCUGGAUUACGAUUGAGAUCGCUUGCAAGCCCUGCCUCGAUAAGGGCCGUGAAGCCAUUGAUAACUCCCUGAAUCCGGAUUACGACCCCGACAACGAUGUCGUUUCUUCCAGCGCCAGUGCCCCCCUUAUCUCCCAUACAGAGGACCCGAUCCCCAAGGUGGCUACUGAUUUGUCUCAUUCAAACGCAAUCAAGGCCGUCUGAUCUGAUCUUCCCCAAAUCCAUCUUCGUCAUCAGUAUCACUUCACUUAAUAUUCACCUCUCCGGUUUCUGCUAUGCUCUGCUUCUUGUCUCGGUGUGUUGUUUUACUUAUGUUCUGGUGUGAUUGAAUUGUUGAUUUGGCUGGUGGAGACAUCAAUUGUUGGACUCCGAGAGGAGAUAUAUUGUUCAUACAAGUUGAAUGAGAAAUAUGCGUUUGGAAUAUCCAAUUUCUGAGUGUUUGGUAAAUCUUUCAAGGAAGAAGUUUAGAGUCCAUGCUUGUAAAUACUUUGAGUAUUCACUGUGAUGGGGUUCAUGAUUAUUUACUAGGAGUAGAUAUACCUUUCUAAAUGGGAAUAAAGAAUUGGGUUAUCUGCAAUGUGUAUUGACUGUAAGCACAACAGUAGAUGUAGUCAAUAAGGGAAAGGAAAUCUGUUCCUGCAUUUUCUGUCUAGAACACCUACCAGCAGAAUUUAGGAAGUUUAUACAGGAGAAGAUUAUUUUUGAUGCAUAAGAUUUCUACAUCAUAUGUCGGUGAAGGAAGUUUGCAUGGAAAUGUCUGUGAAAGAAGUAUAAGUAAUUAAAAAGUUCUAACUAUAUCAAGAUUACUUCACAUGGAAAAUUUUCAAUUGAGAAAAAUAAAAUUGUUUUGAGAACAGUCAUCCCUUAACAUUACUCACAAAAGACUUCAGAAUCUUUCUGUCAUAAGUGUAGCUAGAUUUUAUAAGCAUUCUCUAAGGUGGCUUAAAAGCAUCUUAUGAUAUUUAGUACAUCUGCUAGAUUUUAUGAUGUUUGGCCAAAAGGACAUAGAAUUGAUACCUCAGAGUUUGUUUUUUUUUAAUAUCUGUUUUAAGUUAUGAAGUUAUUUCCUCACAUACUCAUUUCGGAAGAUGUUAAGACCUUUAGUUUUGCUAACUUGUGCAACCACUUUUUGAGCUGGAUAAUUUGUUAGUCAAGAAGUUGUUUUGCCAGAAUGCUGAUUGACACAUGUACAUGUGAUGUACAUUUGUGUGACUCGUAACUUGGAUGCUACAUCGUCGUGUCUUAUCUUAGGGUUGAUGAGACUUUAAUUGACAAUGUCUUGAUACAUUAUAUUAUUUGAUAUACUGUUCAAAUAUGGAAACUUUUCUUGUUUGGUAAGCUACUAUAUACCACACAGCCAGGAAAAAAACAAGAGGAGAGAAGGAAAAACAGGAUGCAAAUGCUAUCAGCAGUGGCGCCCUUUCAGUUCUGCUGGUGGAAGAUCCUUGAUUCCUAGUAGGUAUUGGAAUCUUGAGCAUCAACGAAAGUUCGAUUGUUAAAUAAAGCUUGAAGGAAGAAAAAAAACAACAAAUAAAUUGCUUUACUUUCUUCAGGGCAAGUGUUUGAUGAAAAGUAUCUAUUGCAUUCUACAUGGCAUCAUAAUAGUACAUAUGUAUAACAUUAUAAGUGUUUGACACUCUUUUUCCUGUAAUUUAUCUUUCAAUAAAAACGAUGUCCUUUGA